UCCAAGCCAGCCAGUCCUCUCCUCUCACAGACACACACAGAGAGAAAGAGAGGCAGGACCCGGAGAGGCGGCUGCUUCCCUCCAAUGGGCCCAGCCCAGCUUCUGCGGCGGGAUGCGGGACGGCUCUCCCCUCUGAGCAACUCAGCAUGAAGUGAGGAGCGUCACCUCCUGACUGGAAAGGAAAACCCACGCUCCGCCGUGUCUUUGUUCCUCCUCCCAGGCUUCUUCUGAGCCCUUUGCGGACUCUUCGCCUGCCUGCCUUCCUUGGCUGGCUCGCCUCCUCCCCAGUCUCUCCUGCGGGGAAAGUGGAAGAAACUCUCGAGCCGCUCUGUGUCCCCAUUGUUUCCCGAGAGAGGAUUUAUUCUCCUUGCAGCCGCUUUGAACGACGACGGCAGGUUGCACUAAGCUGGUCUUGGCUGAGAUGCCAGAUAAAACGCCAGAGGGGAAAGAAACCUUGUCCAGGAAUGAAGAUGGCUACCAUUUGCCCCUUGACGUGUUGCCUACUGUGAUGGUGGGCACAGCCCCCAAGAUAACAGGGGAAAACCUACAAGGAGAAAACAGACACUUCCACUACUGUGGGAUCAAGAGCAUGGAACUGUCAGACAGUGACCGUCCUGUUAGCUUCAGCUCUACAUCAUCCUCCGCAUCCUCCAGAGAUAGUCACUGCUCCUUUGGCAGCAGAACAACCUUGGUUUCAAACAGUCACCUGGGCUUAUUCAACCAAGAUAAGGAAGCAGGGGCCAUAAAACUGGAGCUGACUCCAGCCCAGCGAUUAUGCAGCAAAGAACUCAGAAAGAAUAACCCUAUCAAAGAACAACAGGCCUCUGAUGGAAGUCUUGGGAGAAGGCCAAGUAUGCCACGGAAAGCUGAAUUAAAGGAAAGUAGCAAAAAUUGUGUCAUGUCCUUGAUUACGGAGCCCACUAGUCCAAAGCUUCUGUAUGUUGACAGAGUGGUCCAAGAAAUCCUGGAGACUGAGCGGACAUAUGUGCAGGAUUUAAAAAGCAUUGUGAAGGAUUACCUUGAGUGUAUAACUGACCAAUCCAAGCUUUCUCUGGGGACAGAGGAACGAUCAGCAUUGUUUGGAAACAUAAAAGAUAUCUAUCAUUUCAAUAGUGAACUUUUGCAAGACUUGGAAAACUGUGAAAAUGACCCAGUAGCUAUAGCAGAAUGUUUCGUAUCUAAGAGUGAAGAUUUCCACAUAUACACUCAGUAUUGCACCAAUUAUCCAAGAUCAGUGGCUGUCCUAACAGAAUGCAUGAGGAACAAGUCUCUGGCCAAGUUCUUCAGAGAAAGACAAGAGGCUUUACAGCAUUCCCUACCAUUAGGAUCCUAUCUCUUAAAACCAGUCCAGAGAAUACUCAAGUAUCACCUACUUUUACAUGAGAUAGAAAACCAUCUUGACAAGGACACUGAAGGUUAUGAUGUGGUAUUGGAUGCCAUAGAUACAAUGCAGAGAGUAGCAUGGCAUAUUAAUGAUAUGAAAAGGAAACAUGAACAUGCUAUCCGUCUACAGGAGAUUCAAAGCUUACUGACUAACUGGAAGGGACCAGACCUUGCAAGUUAUGGGGAGUUGGUGCUAGAAGGAACAUUCCGCAUCCAGAGAGCCAAAAAUGAACGCACUUUGUUCCUCUUUGACAAAUUGCUUCUUAUUACUAAGAAGAGAGAAGAAAUGUUUGCUUACAAAGCACAUAUUUUGUGUGGCAAUCUCAUGCUGGUGGAAGUGAUACCAAAAGAACCCCUUAGCUUUAGUGUUUUCCACUACAAAAAUCCCAAGAUGCAGCAUACUGUUCAGGCUAAAUCACAGCAAGAGAAACGCCUCUGGAUUCUUCAUCUGAAGAGAUUAAUCCUGGAAAACCACCCUGCCAAAAUCCCAGCCAAGGCCAAGCAAGCAAUUCUUGAAAUGGAUGCCAUGCAUCACCCAGGAUUCCAUUUUGCUACAGAAGGAGAGUUGAAAGCAUCAAGCAAGUCUAAAGAAGGCAUGACCCAGCAGAGAGUGAGACGGAAGUCAGAACCUUCGUCCAGAUCACAUAAAAUUAUAAAAUCAAGUGAAAUGGAUACAGGCAUUCAAAAGCGGAUCAGCAUUGAAGAAGCCCUGUUGUCUCAGGCUGAAGCCCUCCUUAGUCCCAGGAAAAAGGUUUCAUUGAAUUACAAAGCAGUGGAUUCCAAAGAGGCAGCCUACAGCAGUGAUCAGGAGGAUAAUGCCCUCGCCAUUACUACGGAUCAGACUGAUGCUGAUGAUGAGGAAGAGACUGAACAGCAAAAUUCACAACAGAAACAAAAAGGAGGCCGCAAAAGAUUGAACAGUCAUGUUGCUGAAAAUUUUGAGAAACGAAGAAGUGUUAAUCUCAGUAGAUGUGAUACCCAGAACUCCCAAGAAUCUGCAGAUGAAGCCUUGUCCCAGGUGAAGGCAAAGUUCCCAUUCUCCCGUCGGGGAGAUAAUCAGUCAUCCCAACAGUUGACACCACAAACCAAUUCAUUCAUGGCAAAUAUCUUUGGGAAAGCAUCAGCAGUGAGAAAUAUAUGGACGGACCACCAGAUUCGGCAGGCGUUGUUUCCAAGCAGACACCCCCUGCAAGAGAAUCUGGAGGAUGAAGAUGAUUAUCAGAUGUUUGUACCAUCUGAGUCUACAUCCAAUUUAGCUUCCAUCUCAUGUGAAGAAAGGAUCUCAUCAGGUCGCCCUUGCAGCUGGCAUGUAGGACUAAGCCACACAAGUGACAUUUCCAGUUCUGCUUCUCACAGGGUUGUGAGACGGGCCAGCAGUGCUGGUGAAAGUAAAACUUCUCCAUCUGCUUCAAGAUACAGGAAAAGUGACCUUGGUCGAAAUACUUCAUGGCAUGAAAUGAAAAGUUCUAGAAGUGACAUGGAUAAUCUGCAAGUGUACCCUGAAUCUUCCGAAGAGCUGACCAUUGAUGACAUAGACCAUGUCUAUGACAAUAUAAGUUUUGAAGAUUUGAAACUAAUGGGCCUGGCUCGGAGGGAGGAGUCUGACCGUGUUCCACAAGGAUCAGCUAAAGAUUCACUUUAUGAGACACAAGAUGAAGAAAUUACUUUCAUGAAAAGACACACACCUCAACACAAUAUCUUCAUUCCUACUAAGAGAGAUGAAACAAUUCCCAGGAAGGACAUUCUACCUGUAAGCUCUCAUGAUCUAAGGAUCAGUGAGGAGAAUGUCUAUGAUACCAUAGUCCUCCCAGAGCCAUCUCUGCUAGAUUUCAAAUGCAAUCGUCUGAAAUGCUCCAAAAAGCGGGGCUUUCUGGGUCUGGAAACAGAUUUUGCAUGCUGUGAUCACCUCCAAAAUUUUGUUUCUGAAGAAAGCCUCCAUUUCAGUGAAGAUGAAAACCCAUAUCAUUAUGUUCCUUUAGAUCGUGACUAUUUGAGUUUGUUAGACAGCUCCUCAAACUCGGAUUCCCACUCUCACAAGUCUGUCGCAGAUAAAUUAUCAGAAGAAGUAGAUGAAAUCUGGAAUGACCUGGAAAAUUACAUCAAGAAGAAUGAAGAAAAGACACGGGAUCAUGUCCUUGCAGCCUUUCCUGUCUCCAAAGAUGACAUUGAUAACACUUCUAUUGGAACUACUUGCAAAAUAAAUAAAGAUGGGGAAAAUUCAUUGUCAGAAACACCUUUUUCCCCAAAAACCUUGCCUAUCAAAGUAGCCAGGUUAAGUGAUCCCAGUCUUAGGCCUGAAGAGGCAGUAUCACAUAAAGCAAACUCACAGAUGAGUCUGAAUAGAUCUUCAGUCUCUGAGAUAGCUUUUGUAGAUAGCCUUUAUGAAACAGCCAAUAGCUUUCUUUGUGGUGCAAAUGUUGAGAAUGUUGACAAUGAAAUGGAUGCUUCAGAUAAAACAAAAAACCGGGUCAUCGUGAUGGCAAGACAAUACAGCCAAAAAAUUAAAAAGGCAAAUCAGCUUCUGAAAGUAAAAAGCCCAGAACAAGAGCAAUUUCUGAAAUCAAAGCACAAGGACUUAGCAGCCAUUUUGGAAGAGAAUAAGCAAGGUGGUCCUGCCAUUGGUGCCAGAAUUGCUGAGUAUUCCCAACUCUACGAUCAGAUUGUUUUCCGUGAAACAUCACCCAAAACACAAAAGAGCAGUUCUCAGGAACCAUCAACUGUUCGGUAUUCUUCCCCUGUGUCAACAUCUCAGUUAGGUGCUGAACACAUAAGAUCAGAAGACUGGCUUUUGCGCUCUAUGUACAGUAAUGGAGAGCUCUCUGAUUUUUCCCCUUGGCUGGAAGACCCUCAGCUGAACUCCAAAACCUCUCCUUCCAAAAUAAACUCCCCAAAACAGAACAGGAGGCAUUUGCCAACAGCCUGUUCAGUGCCUUCCCUUCAGACUCCUGGCCACUUCAGUGUUCCUGCACAAAGAUGGAGCGCCAUUAUUAGCCAGCCUAACAAAGAGAACUUGCACCACAGUCAUAUUUAUAACUCUUUGGGGAGGAGAGAAAGCAGCACCAAGUCGCAAAUGUACAACAGGUCACAGUCAUCAUCUUCAAUUGUAUUCUCAAAGUCUGGGGACUCCAUAAAUUAUCUGACUGAGAUGGAGAAGAAGCAGCUGCAUUCAAACAGUAACUCCCUUUGUGACCACCAGCAAGAAUCUGUUUCAGGUGCUGCUGCGAGACUUACUUCAUAUGAUGGGAUAAAACAGACCCAAGAGAAUUUUCCAGAAAUGAUUCUGCAGGACUCCCAAAAAGUCCUAAGGGUCAAUAAAAACUUGCUCUCAAAUGCACAAAUAGCCAGACAGAACUAUUUUUCUAAUUUCAAAGAUACUGAUGAUGGGGAAGGGGACGAUGACGACUAUGUUGAAAUCAAAUCUGAAGAUGAAGGAUCUGAUUUAGAGAUGUUUCAGAACCAAACAAAACUUUCAGAUCCAAAGAUAAACUCUUCUCUUUCAGAAGCUCAAAGUGGCAAAAAUACAUCCCAACCACCCACUAAAACAUCAGAUUCUUUCUUGAACACAUGUGGUGAUGCAGAUAAAUUGAAUGACUACCUAUGGAGAGUGCCAUCUCCAAAUCAACAAAACAUUGUUCAGUCCUUACGGGAAAAAUUUCAGUGUUUGAGCUCAAGUAGCUUUGCUUGAUUUUUUAAAAAAUCAUAUUGUUUUGCCUUAAUGCUGACAGCCAGUACUUGUAAAAACAUAUUGUAGUGUAUGUUGUUGUUUUAAACUACCAUCUUCGGGGAAAGUUAGCUGUUUUUGUGCUGCCAGGUAGCUGAAUGGCUUUUUUCUGCAGGCAGAUGUCUGGCUUUUCUUUGCGUACAUUUUGGUCAGUCAAUAAGCCAGACUUUUACAUUUUUUUUGAAAUGGGGUAAUUAUGACCCAAGGUGCAAAAUGUUCCAUGAAUAACUAGUAGCAGUUGUAUAAAAUACUCUCAGGAUUGCUUUCUUUAAAACCAUACUUACAUGUUUAUAAACAGUGUAAAACAGGAUCUUACUAGUAUGUUGCCAUUUGGCACCACAAGGGUUAGGAUCGUAUUCUCAUGUUUUUGCAGUUGGCCAAUUAGCUCUGAAAAGUGUGUGUGUGUGUGUGCGUGUGUGUGUGUGGUACAAACCAAAUAGGAAAUUAUGGGAUCAACCAGGAAAAAAAUUCAAAAGCACCUUUUGUCUGAUUCAAGCUUUUGAGAAAAGUUGCUAUGUCCUGUUUGAGAAAUGACUUGCAGGCAUUGAUAAACCUAGAAUUUAAUAAGCACCGUUCAGAAAGGUUUCUGGUCAUGUGAAGCUUUUAAAAGAGUUUUACUUUAUGCUAAAUACAUUCCAUUUGUUCGCUUAUAAGAUCUUAACAUCUCCCAUUUAUAACAUGGAUAUAUAUACUGGGUAAUUUUUUUUAGACGUUCAGUAUUCCUGAGUACUGGAUGUGGAAAGUGACCACCAAGAUUUGGGGAGGGGGGCUCACUCUGUACACUGUAAAUAUUGUCCUCCCCUAAGGCUGGUCCAGUUGACAAGGAAUAUCCAUCUCUGGAGAGGGAAUGCUACAUUUGCUCAUACCUUCUUUCACAACACCCUUCACACUGGUGCCAGUCAUGUUGUCUAGGGGAAGUUUCUAGCACAUGCGCUAGAAACUUCCCCUUGAUCUCCAUAGUGCCAAGGAACAGAAAAUUGUUCAUGCACUCAGCUGCACAGUUUAACUCAAAUGGUUCAAUAGGGAGUAUUCUAAGGUGCAAUACAAUCCCUGCUACAUAGUUUUGCCUUGUGUUACUUGAAACAAUAGCAUGUCUAACAUAACACUGAAUAUCUAGCCAGUUUUCAGAUGAACUAUGUUCAUAGUGAUCUAGAAGUACACUGAAACACAAAGCACAACUCGCCUUUGUUUUCACCUGCCAACGGUUGCUUUUACAAAUGGUUUUUUAACAUAACCCUCCAACUAGCAGGCAUAUAAUCAAUUGUACUGAAAGAAAUAUUUAAGAAUUCAUAGCUGCUGAGUAACUGUGCAUACUACAAAAGCAUUUGUUUCUUAACAUUGUGAAUAACUACUUCAUGAGAUUUGAAACUAAAACUUAACCCUGAACUCUACAUGUUAUAUAUACAAGUGGUUACACUAGAGGAGCUGACAGAAAUUCAACCUGUGUCUAGUAAAACUGAUAAGGAAUAUGUAAGUGUACAUGCAAUGAGGAAAUACCAUUUUUAUUUAAUAAAACAUGUACAGUAAUGUAAAUAACAGUAAUUUGAGUGCAGCAACAAUAGGGACAGUUGGUUUCUUUGUACUGGUAGCAGACUACUAGUUAUUCUGAUAAAAGAUAAUUUUAAUCUAUAGAGACCAGUGGAAUACAAUUAUUAACAUGUAGCAAUGUAAGGAAACCAUAUCAGAUGAAAAUGUUGGUACGUUUAGCCUUGCUGGGAAGAAAGGAGCAAAAAUUGACAAGCGACUAAGCCUAGGAAAUUGUUCUGAUAAAAUAAAAGGGAAUAACAAUUUUAGAAGGUUGUGGGCAAACAAAGCAUUAUAAAGAGAAAUAAACUUUGCAUCUAAUCCAUGCAUAAUCUCUAUCAUCUUCUAUUACAAUUUGCCCCCAUACCACCCCCAAAAAAUCUGUAACCAGUUAUAAAGAAAAGUACAUAUACCUAAAUAAUAGAAAAAACAAGAACAAAUCUAUGAAAUAUGUAGCCAAAUAGCAAAAGAAUGUUCGCAUCCCUUGGGCUUGAUGUUUACCUGUGCACUUGGUAAAUAAACAGUUGGAGAUUCUGUAUAAAAGACAUUACAAUUAUUUUAUGACUAUUUGCUCUCAAUGUACUCUCUAUUCUAGAAAUUUUUUAAGGCUACAAUUGUCAUAAUAAGCAAAUUUGAUUUUUAUUUUUUUUUACUUUUUUGAGUGUUGCUCAACACAUUAUUCCAUUCACAGCAGUGGGGAGCAUAAAAAGGAUAAAAUGAGGGCACAGCAAGGAAAGAACAGUUAACAUUAGAGUCACUGGGUCAGAAAAUAAGGCUGCAAUAGAGGGAAUGUUACAAAGCACACUGCAAUAGCGUUCCUUUUGUUACCCUGUUACUUGUUUUCAUGGCAGCUCUUUUCCUUUGAAGAUUUAUAUUUUUCCUUUGUAACUUUUAUGGACAACAUUUGAAACAAGGCUUAUCUGAACCAUCCAUUCACCAUAUUACAUCUGUAUCUGUUAAUAGUACCUGCACUGCAGUGUUGUACAGGGGUCAAAAUGAAGUCAUUGAUCCAGGAUGGAUUCACACUGCAUCUUCACUGAUUUCUACAUGUUUGUUAGCAAUUUAUUCUAUUAGUAAGAGACAGAAUCUCUAUGUUGCACUUUUUCAUGACUCACUUUGUAAGGAAUAUGUAAAAAUGUAUGUACAUGUAGAACACUUAAGUAAAGCUUUUCCCAUUUUGUUAUGCUUAAAAGCAGAGUUUAAGGCAUAGCAGACCUUAAGAAAUCUGUACAUGCUGCUUAAGAAUAAAUAUUAAUUUUUGCAGCAAAUAA